AUGGACGAAAACGAACAGUCUCAACAUGAAAACGAAACCUCCAAAGCCCUCGCCCACGCCCUCCGUACCGGAGACCUCGCCACCAUCCUUCGGCUCCUCAACUCAUCCCAGCAUCCCAUCUCUCCCACCACAAUCUGCAUCUCGCCUAACUUCCCGGCAGGAAACCCACUCUCUUGCACUGAGCUUGUCCAGUGCCACCCCCUCGGCGUAGCCUCCAUGUUCUCCCACCCCAAACUCGUCUCCCACUUACUCUCCAUCCCUCAAGUCCUCACCCACAUCGACGACCCUGUCUCCAACCUCUGCAAAUGCCUCUACGACCCCGUCGACACUCGGGCCCUGGUUGAUCCCGACGUAUGGCAUGAUCCAGCGCACUGGACUGCUUUGCACUUGGCGAUUUGCCAGGGAAAAGAGGAAGAGUACGAGAACCCUCCCAUCAUACUGCCAAACCGCGAGCCUUCGCUGCGGAUUGUGAAGGAUUUGAUAAAGGCGGGAGCGUCCCUUACCGGAUCAGCUGAUCAACCCCAUCAGGAAAAGAUCACGAUCCUACAUACCGCAGCUUUGAAGGGCCGGGUCGAUAUUCUUUCUUACGUCCUCUCCCCCGAGUUUUCACGGAAAGCGGAAGUAGACAUCAACGCCCGCGACCGCAAAGGCCGGACACCACUACAUUAUGCCGCCCUCCGCUACUCUCCCUCCCCCGACGACGACGAGAAAGACCUCUCCUGUAUCAGAUAUCUCCUAUAUAUGGGCGCGGACCGCGAAAGCCGCGACAUCUACUCCCAAACUCCCUUCACACUCGCCCUCUCCUUUGGCUGUUUUUCGUCUGCCAAGAUCCUCUUCCUCAAAGGAGCAAAACACGACUUCCGCUUUUUGUUCCCGCACACCUACACUCUUUCCUUCCCAUUGCAGGUACUGGCUCACUCGUACGAGACUUUCUUCAACUCUCCAUCUCGGCCCGGACCGGUAGCCAAACCAACCUGGGAAGCGCAGCGAGCUGAUUUGAUCAAGACCAUAACCCGGCUUUCACCACCCGGUGUUACGUCCGUUGACUGCGGCUGUUUUUACGCAGACAAUAUCGACCCGGAUGAGCAAGAAGUUCUGCAUCCGCUGCACAUAGCAGCAGGGGACGGGAGUAAUCCCACUUCUGUACUCUCCCUCUUCCUGGAUGCAUACGCGGGACCUCAAUCUCGUUCAGGGUCGAGGGGAACAUGGACGACGGCGUUGCACGAGGCUGUCCGAUCCCAACCUCCUUCAGAGCGCCUGAGGUGGUCGAUGGUACACCCGGACUAUGACCCUGAGUCCGGCCAAAUUGCCCGAUUUGGAGAAGAACCAGAACCACCUGCGGCUGCUUCGUUCGUCAAUCCGCCACCUCCUUCUUCACCGUCACGAUCCAACUCGACUAGUUCUGCCAUUACUGAAGAGUCUGAAGAACGAGGGAUAUGGAAAAUUGGAGCCAAACCCAGGAUAAACACACCCGCUCAAUUACACCAGUGGACAGCCAUUUUGAAAUGUGUCGUGCUCAUCACGCGGGGCGCAAAACUUUGCAAAACAAACUCGGAAGGGCUGACGGCUUUGGACCUGGCCAUUCGCCGCUCAGAAGGGGAGGAAAGUAUCUACAGGAUUGACGAACAGGGGGGCCAGCAGUACAAAUACUGCUCCUACAAGUUCGUCGGCUCGCUAUUGUUCAAUUUGAUACUGCCCUUCAAAAACCCGCCACAGCCGCUGCUGGAUGUGGAGGAUAGGAUGUACUUGGCUGAGAAGCUGAGGGAGGUGAUUGUGGCGAAUCCGCAGUUGGCGUUUGAGCUGGUGGCUGCUGGGGUGGAUCUCGUGGUUGUGAAGGAGAGGAGGCACGAGAUUCAUAGAACUGCUUGUGAAUGA